AUGGCCAUGGCGUCCCCGGCCAUCGGGCAGCGUCCCUACCCGCUCCUCUUGGACCCCGAGCCGCCGCGUUAUCUGCAGAGCCUGAGCGGCCCGGAGCCGCCGCCUCCGGGUCGCUGCGUCCCCGCGUCCCUAUGCCCGGCGUCCGGGACGUACGAGGGGCGCGGUGGCCGGAGGACGGCCCAGGGGAACCCCGAGCCCCGACCCCAGCCCCGGGCCACGAGACCAGCUCGACCUCUCAGGCCGGGUCUGCAGCCGAGAUUGCGGCGGCGGCCAGGGGCGCCCCGGCCCCGCGACGUGCGGAGCAUCUUCGAGCAGCCGCAGGAUCCCCGCAUCCCGGGCGAGCGGGGCGACGGCCACCGCUUUGCGGAAUGGGCGCUCCGGGGCGGUCCCGGCUGGUGCGACCUGUGCGGACGCGAGGUGCUGCGGCAGGCGCUGCGCUGCGCUCACUGUAAAUUCACCUGCCACCUGGAGUGCCGCCACCUGAUCCAGCUGGACUGCAGACAGCAGGAGGGCCCAGCCAGGGACAGACCCUCUCCAGAAAGCACCCUCACCCCCACCUUCAGCCAGAAUGUCUGUAAGGCAGUGGAGGAGACGCGGAGCCCACCCACGCUGCGGGAGAUCAAGCAGAAGAUCGACAGCUACAACAGCCGGGAGAAGCACUGCCUGGGCAUGAAGCUGAGUGAAGACGGCACCUACACAGGUUUCAUCAAAGUUCAUUUGAAACUUCGACGUCCAGUGACAGUGCCCGCGGGGAUCCGGCCCCAGUCCAUCUAUGAUGCCCUCAAGGAAGUGAACCCGGCAGCCACCACAGACAAGCGCACGUCCUUCUACCUGCCACUGGAUGCCAUCAAGCAGCUGCACAUUAGCAGCACCACCACCGUCAGCGAGGUCAUCCAGGGGCUGCUCAAGAAGUUCAUGGUCGUGGACAACCCCCAGAAGUUUGCUCUCUUUAAGCGGAUCCACAAGGAUGGACAAGUACUCUUCCAGAAACUCUCCAUUGCUGACUGUCCUCUCUACCUGCGCCUGCUUGCCGGGCCCGACACAGAUGUCCUCAGCUUUGUGCUAAAGGAGAAUGAAACUGGAGAGGUGGAGUGGGAUGCCUUUUCCAUCCCUGAGCUCCAGAACUUCCUGACAAUCCUGGAAAAAGAAGAGCAGGACAAAAUCCAACAGGUGCAGAAGAAGUACGACAAAUUUCGACAGCAACUGGAGGAGGUGUUGAGAGAGUCCCAGGGCAAACCUGGGUAACAGACUUGCUUCCUCUUCUCCCCGUGCCCUCAGAUUUAUUUUUAUUGUUAAUUAUUUUUGCAACAGACACUUUUUCUCAGGACAUUUCUGGCGGGUGCACUUGUGCCUGCCCAGCAAUUCCAGAUGUGGCAUGAAGUAUCUCCUAUGGACAAGUAUUUGCACGAGGGCUGAUUCUUCCCCACCAGCCACACGUGCCCCUCAACAGAUUCUGCCAGGGAUGAGAACGCAUGUGAAAUGAACAGUGUUGUCUCCUCUCAGUCUGAAAGCCUUUCACAAACCAAAUAGUUGCCUCUCUGGUCACCAAACUGGAACCAAUCCCAUUAGCCGGCAAACGAAAGUUUUAGAGCUCUGUGCUCUUUCUCUGGCUUUAAUUCUUCAGUUCCCCUUAUUUAUGAACCAAAUAUGGUAUGUGGCUAGCAGGUCUGAGCUAGGCCCCUAAAAGCAGGAUAAUGCUCAUGAAAGGAUUCCCCCCUUGCCCCAAGGGGGUGCAGUGUUCACUGACCCGAUGCUCAGAGCCAAGGUGAGCCAACGGCCACAGAGGUGCAGCCAGCCAGACCUGGCCCUCAUCACCACACAGGCUGUGCACAGGUAAGCCCAAAGGAGUAUGUCUGCAUUGGUCUGGUAUUUCGUCUCCUUUUUGUGAACAGCUGUUUGUUUCUUUAAAUUAUAAAUUUAAUAUUGUCCUCAUCCUCAUGGAUUUCCGCCAAAGGGAAACCAGCCAUUUAUCACUUUAAGUCUCCUGCUGAGUUGGGGGAUUAGGUACUAAAGGAAGCCAAAAAGUGUUACAGAGAAGACAUCCAAGUUGUCUACAGUCUUCCCCCGACCACAGAGCAGCAGGGGCCUGGGCUGCCUGGUUUCCUCCUGUCCUCUUCCUCCUCUCCUCCCUCAGGCUUUGGGAGCGCCAACUGCUGUCCAGGGAGCAUGCUCAGCAAACCCAAGGGCCUUGAUUAAAUCCUCUAACUUGGCCAAUCUUUUCUGUUGGGAAGUGUGUCCUGCCCUUGGCACAGUGUGAGCAAACCCAGGGGCCUAGCCUCCCUGUUGACCUCAGUGCCUUUUUGUUUUCAGAGAGGAGCAGAGCAUGUUUGCUCGGAGCUCAAUUGCAGGCUUGCUCUGGCAGAACAUGAACAAUGGCAGUUUAGGAGACAAGGCCGGUGGAGCACUCACUCAGAAUACGGGCUGAGGGUCACACACCUUCUUCCCAUCAAGCUUUCUAGGCUUUGGCUUCAAGGCAUAAUAUCAGACCACACUGACAGGGAGGUUCAGAUCCAUGAACAUUUGUACUGGCUCCUUGUUUGGGUUCAAACAAAAUAAAUUAGCCAGACAACUCCGGCAAGUCCCCAGGACUGCAAAGACAUUCCAUUGCGGAAGCAGAAAAACUUGUCAUUUUCAAAGUGAGGCCCGUGUUCCAAUCCAGCCUGUGAGACACCAUUUCCUUGCUGUCCUGUGCCUUCCCAGGGCCCUUGGGUUGUUUGGAGCCUAAGCUUCUUUGUGUAGCCUCAGACGAUCACUCCUGACCCACACAGAGCCCACGAGGCUCUAUCAGAGGAAUGCUGAGCCCUUGUUAUACAAACCGCGACCCGUUUGCAGCUGUGAGAGCAGCAGGAGCUGGCAAUUCUAAAAGACUGUGCGCGCCCAAAACCCGUUGUCCACCAUGCUCGGCCUUAUCGCUGCCCUUUCCUCAGUCCCUCUUCCUGCUGCAGGGACAGGUGGGAAGUCAUGUCCCUUUAUCCUGCAUGUCUGUACCAUUAGGAGAAGGCAUGGCUCCUGCUGUAACCGCUGUGAAUGCUGCUGAAAACCUCCUCCAUGGAAGGCUAUUUUAUUUUGCAAAAGGAAAAAAAAAAGUCAUGUAUACGCAUAGAGGCAUAUAACUUUAUAUAAACAACAGGUGUUUACAAACGCAAAGUUACGGGAAAAUUCAGAUUUUAAAACACAGUUAGACACAGGCCCUGUGCUGAGGGUGUGCCUCUGGAGAGUACAUGGAACACCCCUUCCCCAGAGAUGGGUAGGACUGCUGGUAGUGCCUUCUAUGGUUGUAUUGCUCUGUGUGUGUUUAAGGAUAUUGUCUUUCUCAACGUCUCUGUUAUAUGGGCUUAAAAAUCUAAUAAAAGCUUACUAUAAAAAUGA